CAUCCUGGAGUCUCUAUUUCCGUAAAAUUCCAUAAACCCCAAAGCGCCGAACCAGCACGCGAGCGGCUCCACGCAUUGCGAGGCUCCCGUAGCCGGUACGCGCCCUAGCGUCCGAGAUGAGCGACCUCGACCAAGCGAUCGAGCAGCUGCGCUCAUGCCGACCGAUCCCCGAGUCGCAGGUUCGCGAACUGUGUUAUAAAGCGCGGGAGCUGCUGAUUGAGGAAGGGAAUGUGGUAGGGGUGGAUGCGCCGGUGACGAUAUGCGGAGAUAUUCAUGGGCAGUUUCAUGACUUGAUGGAGUUAUUUCGGGUGGGGGGGGAUGUGCCAGAGACCAACUACCUUUUCAUGGGGGAUUUCGUGGAUCGGGGAUUCUAUUCAUUGGAAUCAUUCUUGCUUCUCCUCUGCUUGAAGGUCCGAUAUCCAGAUCGAAUCACCCUAAUACGCGGGAAUCAUGAAUCACGACAGAUAACGACGGUCUACGGGUUUUACGACGAAUGCGUAAGAAAAUACGGCAGCGCUACAGUGUGGAGAUACUGCUGCGACGUAUUCGACUACCUCGCCCUCGGCGCCCUGGUCACCGGUGCCUCCACCAACCUCGAAUCCACCGGUGCCGAAUACGCCGACCCUUCCCAAGCCCACACGAUACCCAGCGAAGACGAAGACAACGAGAUCGAAAUCCUCAACUCCAACGGCCAUAUCGUCAGCCGCUUCCUCCGCACCCAACCCAGCCACGAACCUCCCAGCGACCCCGACUCAACCUCCUCCCCCAAACCCGACUCCACCCGCAGCCCCUCCCCCCUCUCCGCCGCCCAACCCUCUCACACCCCCUCCGCCACCGGCGCCCCCGGCACCUCCGCCACCUCCUCCUCCAACGGCUCCUCUGCCUCCAACAGCGGCGCCGUCCUAUGCGUGCACGGCGGCCUCUCCCCCCUCGUAGACACCAUCGACAAGAUCCGCCUCCUCGACCGCAAGCAGGAGGUCCCGCAUGAGGGCGCCAUGUGCGAUCUCCUCUGGUCCGACCCGGACGAGAUCGACGGCUGGGGCCUCUCCCCCCGCGGCGCCGGCUUCCUCUUCGGCUGCGACAUCGUCAAGGUCUUCAAUCAGAAGAACGACCUUAGCUUAAUCGCGCGUGCGCAUCAGCUAGUCAUGGAAGGCUUCAAGGAGAUGUUCGACUCCACCAUCGUCACCGUGUGGAGCGCCCCGAACUACUGCUACCGCUGCGGGAACGUGGCCGCCAUUCUUGAGCUUGGGGAGGAUGGGAGCAAUGCUGGAUUUACCCCCCGCACCAAUGGCGAUGUAGGGAGGUUUACAGGGGCUUUAGGGCCCGGGCCGGGGUUGAAGGCGCCGGAUGCCGGGAUGCAGAGGCCAGGGCCCGGGAGGAGGUAUCGGGUGUUUGAUGCGGCGCCGCAGGAUUCGAGAGGGAUGCCGGCGAAAAAACCGGUGGCGGACUACUUUUUGUGAUGGGGCUAUGUAGAAAGGACGUACGGGAUCAGGGGCUCGAAACGGGCUCGAAGCUGAAUAGUUUCCGAGGCAGAUAUUGGUUGCCGCACACCCAUGGGAUAUGUCUACAAAUGAGUGGGGAUUGGGCAUCCAUUGCUGACUU